AUGUCUUUGUACGACGCAGCAGAGCCUCUGUUCAUUGAGUCAGGUGACCUCUCGCCUCGAGAGGUGGAAGUGGGCCCAGAAGAGAACGUAAACCCCGACCAAGAGCCUGAAACCCUCGUCGAGCAGUUGACCACUGCGAAGCAGGAUUUAAAUGCUGCCUUCCUUCACCUCCACUCGCAAUUACCUGGAGACUACCAUCUCGAAAACGAGCUCUUUCUGAUGACAUAUGAGUGCCCACCGCAAGAAGUGGACAAUCCACGCAGCUUGGUCGGCCCUGCCAUGACAGAGGUUCACGACGCUGAAUAUCGCGACAAGGUCAUAGCGGCUACACAGCGGAUAAGGCUUGUGGAACAGGCUGUCAUCGAUUUGAGAAACCAGUGUCUCGUCAAGGGGAUAGCGGCCCCCAGCGAUGAUGGUUUAUUCGGCGUCAGAGACUCCCCAGAUGACGGACAAUGUGGCUGUAUGGAGCCACUGAUCGUCAAUAUCGAUAAGUACAGGGCCGCAUCUCAGCGACCUAGGAUCUCCCAAUGGCUCGAGACUGCAGAAGGUAGACCUUGGGAUACUCCAACGGCGCCCAGUGAGACGAUACCAGCUUUCGAGCAUCCCGAGUUCCGACCCAGUAUGUCGUGCAUCGAACCGAGCGAGAUCCGAUAUGACCGGGAACUAAUAUCUCGAUGGGAGGCGGAGACCAUCGUCACGAGAGGCGAAGCAGAUGAGAGUCGGCGAGAGCAUUAUCGGCGGCUUGGACACAACGUGGCCUGGUAG